GUUUAGAACGAACUAUGGAACAUGCGCGCACCAUAAGAAACCCCAAAACCCAAACAAGAUAAAGAUAAACCUCCGAAAUCCCCCGCUAAACCUUUCAAUACAUAGAAUAGAACGCAAUGUCAAGCGCCAAUCUUUUCUACACAAAACUCUUCCCCUCUCUAAUCCCCAAAUCCUCACUUUCCUCUCUUUCUCUUCUUUCUCUUUCUCUUUCAAUUCCCUCAGUUUUUCUCCAAUUCCCUCGCUCCUCUCUCUCCAUUUCCAGAUUAGCCGCUCACAAUUCCUUGACUAACAGCAGCAUUCAAGAAUCCGAAAAUAACGAUGAAGAAUCCGAAGAAACAGAGGCUUAUGAGUCUGACAGCGAUGAUUACGCCAUUGAUAUUGACGCGCUUGAACAGGAAGCUGAAGAUGUUGUUAGAGAGUACUCUACCUCCUUGUCUCGUCAAUUGAGAAUCGAGGAUGAUUCUGAUGAUAAAAAGGAAACUAGAAAGCAAAAGAGGCAAAAAUUUACUAUUCCAGAUAUACCUGACAAUCUCCUUCCUAGGGUUGCAAUUGUUGGGAGGCCAAAUGUUGGUAAAUCAGCACUAUUUAAUCGUCUUGUUGGGGGGAACAAGGCUAUUGUGGUGGACGAACCUGGUGUUACUCGAGAUCGGUUGUACGGUAGAUCUUUUUGGGGAGAUUUUGAAUUUAUGGUGGUGGAUACUGGUGGUGUUCUCACUAUAUCGCAAUCGCAAGAUAAUGUUAUGGAAGAUUUGGCUAUAACUACUACUAUUGGCAUGGAUGGAAUUCCACUUGCCUCUAGGGAGGCAGCUGUUGCUAGGAUGCCCUCAAUGAUCGAGAGGCAAGCUGCUGCUGCUGUGGAAGAAUCAUCUGUUAUUAUAUUCCUUGUUGAUGGCCAGGCAGGUCUUAUAGCAGCUGAUAUCGAAAUAGCAGACUGGUUACGCAAGAACUACUCAAAUAAGUUCAUCAUUCUUGCAGUAAACAAGUGCGAAUCUCCUAAAAAAGGAAUCAUGCAAGCAGCAGAAUUUUGGUCUUUGGGGCUCUCACCGAUUCCUAUUUCUGCUUUAUCCGGGACGGGAACUGGAGAGCUUUUAGAUCUUGUGUGUUCCCAGCUGGCAAAAGUUGAGGGUUCAGAACAUCUUGAUAACGAAGAACAAAAUUAUGUUCCUGCAAUUGCAAUUGUUGGUCGGCCAAAUGUUGGUAAAAGUAGCAUUUUGAAUGCAUUGGUUGGAGAAGAUAGAACAAUAGUCAGCCCUAUCAGUGGUACUACUCGUGAUGCUAUUGACACUGAAUUUUCAGGACCAGAUGGCCAGAAGUUUCGGCUUAUUGAUACAGCUGGAAUCAGAAGAAGAGCAGCUGUAGCUUCAUCAGGUAGUCUGACUGAGGCUUUAUCAGUUAAUCGAGCAUUCCGUGCCAUCCGCCGUUCUGAUGUUGUUGCUCUCGUCAUAGAAGCGAUGGCUUGUAUCACAGAGCAGGAUUUUAGGAUUGCUGACAGGAUUGAAAAAGAAGGUAAAGGCUGCCUGAUUGUUGUAAACAAAUGGGAUACAAUACCAAAUAAAAACCAGCAAACUGCAACUUACUAUGAACAAGAUGUCAGGGAGAAGCUUCGCAUUCUUCAAUGGGCACCCAUUGUUUAUUCAACUGCAAUUGCUGACCAUAGUGUUGAAAAGAUUAUUAUUGCAGCUAGUGCUGUUGAAAAGGAAAGAUCAAGAAGGCUGAGUACUGCCAUACUGAAUCAAGUGGUACGAGAAGCAUUAGCUUUCAAAUCACCUCCCAGAACCAGAGGUGGAAGGAGAGGACGUGUUUAUUACUGCACUCAGGCAGCUAUAAGGCCACCUACUUUUGUUUUCUUUGUGAAUGAUGCAAGCCUUUUUCCUGAGACUUAUCGGCGCUUUAUGGAGAAGCAACUGAGAUCAGAUGCGGGAUUUUCUGGCACACCCAUUCGGCUACUUUGGCGUAGCAGAAGGAAAAUGGAAAAGGGCGGAGUCAAGAGUCCAGCGAGAUCACAACUUAACCUUACACCACGUGGCUGAAAAUUGGCACAGAAUACACCAAGAUACGGUGGGCACGGCUUCAGUGAUGGUUAUGAAUUUGUUGUCUGUUGAAUGAACUUUGUUUUGGGGCAAAGUUUAUGCAGACUGCUAAGUAAAUGGCCCCACAUGGAACCCAGGAUGCUGAAUAAUUGAUGAGAAUUGUCAGAUUAUGGAACUGAAAGCAUGCGAUUGAGGAAAUCAGAAAAAAAAAUCACUUAAGCCUCUUUAUUAUGAUUACUGAUAGCAGUGUUGAUUACAUGUAAUUUGUGCAUCAGAUUCUGAAGCCAUUUUCUGCUGUUAAUGUUAUUAACUGAAAAUUGCUGUAUUGACAAAGUGAAUUAUUGAACAUAUCCACUGCCAAUAAAUGUUUUAGAAAGGAAUAACAUACUUUAGGCGAGAUUCUGUGUU